CUCGCCACGCCCUGCGCCGUCCGUCGGGCUUUUCCCCCUUCAGCUGUAGGCUCUCGCUCCUCCUUCUCGGUCGCUCCCGGAGUCUAGGCCCCGCCUGUUUCUCUCCCCCAGGGCCUCCUCCGUCCGCUCCUGUCCCUUGCGCCUCUGCUACUUCUGCUGAAGGCGGAGGCUCCAUGUUGUCCCCUCAGCGAACGGCAGCGGCGGCGUCGAGAGGAGCAGGUGAUGCCAUGGAAAGUGGACAACCAGGUCCAGUGCAGGUUGUUUUGGUUCACAAAGAGCAACAUUCCUUUGAGCUAGAAGAGAGAGCCUUGGCCAGCAUCCUCCUGCAGGACCACAUCCGAGAUCUUGAUGUUGUGGUAGUAUCAGUGGCUGGAGCCUUUAGAAAGGGCAAAUCCUUCAUUCUGGAUUUUAUGCUGCGAUACUUGUAUUCUCAGAAAGAAGGUGGUCAUUCAAAUUGGUUGGGUGACCCAGAAGAACCACUGACAGGAUUUUCAUGGCGAGGAGGUUCUGACCCAGAAACCACUGGGAUUCAGAUUUGGAGUGAAGUUUUCACAGUGGAGAAGCCAGGUGGGAAAAAGGUUGCAGUUGUUCUGAUGGAUACCCAGGGGGCAUUUGACAGCCAAUCAACUGUGAAAGAUUGUGCUACUAUCUUUGCUCUAAGCACCAUGACUAGUUCUGUUCAGAUUUACAAUUUGUCCCAGAACAUUCAGGAAGAUGAUCUUCAGCAGCUACAGCUCUUCACAGAAUAUGGACGUCUGGCAAUGGAUGAAAUUUUCCAAAAACCCUUCCAGACUCUGAUGUUUUUGGUUCGAGACUGGAGUUUUCCUUAUGAAUAUAGCUAUGGACUGCAAGGAGGAAUGGCGUUUUUGGAUAAGCGUUUACAGGUGAAGGAACAUCAACAUGAAGAAAUUCAGAACGUUCGAAAUCAUAUUCACUCAUGUUUCUCGGAUGUUACCUGUUUUCUCUUACCACAUCCAGGGCUCCAGGUGGCCACAAGCCCUGACUUUGAUGGGAAAUUGAAAGAUAUUGCAAGUGAAUUCAAAGAGCAGUUGCAGGCACUGAUACCAUAUGUACUAAACCCAUCUAAGCUAAUGGAAAAGGAGAUCAAUGGCUCAAAAGUCACUUGCCGAGGACUGUUGGAAUAUUUUAAGGCAUAUAUUAAAAUUUACCAAGGAGAAGAUCUGCCUCACCCAAAAUCCAUGCUUCAGGCUACUGCUGAAGCCAAUAAUUUGGCAGCUGCAGCCUCUGCCAAAGACAUUUAUUACAGCAACAUGGAGGAGGUUUGUGGGGGAGAGAAACCUUAUUUGUCUCCAGACAUUUUAGAAGAGAAGCACCAAGAAUUCAAACAACUUGCUCUGGACCACUUUAAGAAGACCAAAAAGAUGGGUGGGAAGGAUUUCAGCUUCCGAUACCAGCAGGAGCUCGAGGAGGAAAUCAAGGAACUGUAUGAGAAUUUCUGCAAGCACAAUGGCAGCAAGAAUGUCUUCAGCACCUUCCGAACCCCUGCAGUUCUGUUCACAGGCAUAGCAGCUUUGUACAUAGCCUCGGGCUUCACUGGCUUCAUUGGGCUUGAGGUUGUGGCCCAGCUGUUCAACUGUAUGGUUGGACUGCUGUUAAUAGCACUCCUUACCUGGGGGUACAUCAGGUAUUCUGGUCAGUACCGUGAGCUGGGUGGAGCUAUUGACUCUGGUGCAGCAUAUGUGUUAGAGCAGGCUUCUUCUCAUAUUGGCAAUUCUACCCAGGCUGCAGUGAGGGAUGCCAUCGUUGGGAGGCCACCUACAGAUAAAAAAGCUCAAUAGCAUCUUAAUAGCAAGACCCAACAAGAGCCCAGUCAGCCCCUGGAUUUCUGCUAAUGCCACCAUGGGUCCAGUUCCAGAGGAAUGGCAGAUCUGAGAGCAUCCUGGAAGAGCUGAGACAGGGCACUGUAAUAAAUGAACUGACCUCUCCUGUGGUUUCCCGUUCCACUUGUCUUGGAAGCAGUUCUUUUUCUUGCUGUUACAAGCCCAAGGCUACUCUCUUCUCUGCUUUGUGCACUUUAAGGGGUGGGGGUGGGGCUAAAAGGAAAACAUGGAAAUGCAGCUUUUAAGUCUCUGAUGUGCCACAUAGUGCCUUUUAAGACCAGACCAUGCCUCUGCAGCCGUGAAGACUGAGGAAUGGAGGACAGCCUCAGGAAAUGCGGUUUUUGGAUCAAGUUCUCUUUUGGAUUUUAGUUUUGUACCUUUGAAAAUUUAUUUUUCAAAUGUUUACACAACUUGAAAAAGGCUCAGAACUAAAGGCCAACUGAAAUAAUACUUAUUACACUUAAACAAUUUCUCCCAGUACUGGUGAUUGAACCUAGUGCCCAACAUGCUAGAUAGGCAGUUGCCCUAGCCUGGAGCUGUCCCCUAGCCUGCUUGACUGUGUAGUUUCAGGUCUUUAAAUUACUUUGUUUCCAGGUUGGCUGUGAGCUUUCCAUCUUCUUCCUCCCUCUCUAGCUUUUUUGAGUAGCUUGAAUAUAGACCUGUGCUACCAUCCAUCCUUCAGAAACCUUAUUUAUAUGAAUUAUCUUUGCUAUGCAAUAUGGAAAAAAUUAAAUCAUUUAGUAAUCUGUGUUGGAGAAUAUAAGGUCUUUUACAUAGGCUGGCAGUUUUGUUGAACUUGCUAUUUUACUUUCAGUCCUAUAGCUUCUUUCUAGAAAAGAGGUAAACAGUCCUUUAAAAGCCAGUGGUUCAUAAUAAAAGGUAUGAGUGAGAUACUUCAUGGUAAAAUUGUAGUUUGAACUUGUGUCUUGGUCAGAUUCACUGCAUAUUUAUGUAUGUAUGUGUUACUUUUAAAAAUAGUUGUUUUCAGUGGAGAAAAGACAUUACCAAAUAUUACUUAUUUUAAUUAAUGUUCAGUUUCAUGUUGCUUAGUGGUAAUACCAAAUAAUCUGAUCUAAAGUUUUUUACUUUAGAUCAAACUUUAGUUUAAAACUGUAGUCAAACUUAUUUUAUUUUUUUGUUGGUGGGGGUGGUGUCUGUCUGUGUUGCACUGACUAGCCUGGAGUUUUUAAUACAGACCAGGCUAGCCUUGAACUCAUAGAGAUCCUUGUGCCUCUGUGUGCCACUGUGCCUGACCCCAAACUGUCUAAUGUUCAUAAUAUCAAAGCUAAACUAUUAAUAACUGACUUAAGAAGGAUAGUUGCUCAGACUCUAAAAUUUCCUUUUUUACUUUUACCUCGAUUAUGUAAUAAAGUUUUAUCUAUUAGUUUUUUUCCUUUGA